GCGAGGCACAACAGGAGUCCAAGUGGGCAGCGUUGGCUGGAAGUAGAGAGGCGGCGGCGAGAGUUUGACGAGGGCGGUGGGCUCUUUGCCGGGCCCCUUUUCUCUCGGGGCCACUCUUGGCCUCUGCCGGGGCAUAAGGCCAUUCCUUUCCGACUUCAGCUACAGUGAUAGCUAAGUUUGGAAAGACCAAAGAGAGGGAAACCGUGGCGUCCUCCUGCACCCCUUUUAGCCCCCCCUUCCCGAAUCACCCCGCGUUUCUCUGCUUUCUAUAGAUCUCUCUCUCAUAUACUUCCACCCCUCUGUCUCUCUCUCUCUCUCUCUGUUGCCUCUGCUCUUGAAAGGGCUUGACAGCCUCCGCCACUGAGCAAAAAAAAAACAAAACACAACGGGUCGAGAGGUGACCGCGGAUUGCCAUGGCUCGGUCUGCAACAGAACGACAAAACAGCCAAGGCUGUUGUGAAUCCUGUAUUAGCUAUUUGACAUCUGCAAAAGUCCUCCUGUACUUUGGACAUGCCCUAUCCACUUGGGGGGAUCGUAUGUGGCAUUUUGCAGUGGCUGUCUUCCUGGUUGAAUUAUAUGGAAACAGUUUGCUCCUAACCGCUGUUUAUGGAUUGGUUGUGGCAGGAUCAGUUCUUAUUCUAGGUGCCAUUAUUGGAGACUGGGUAGACAAGAAUUCAAGGCUCAAAGUAGCCCAAAUGUCCUUAAUUGUGCAGAAUGCAUCCGUUAUUUUGUGUGGCAUCCUUCUGAUGAUCGUUUUCCUGUUUAAAACGCAGCUUAUAAAUUUGUAUCAAGGAUGGCUUCUUACCUUGUGCUAUAUUCUAGUCAUCUCAAUAGCAAACAUUGCAAAUUUGGCCAGUACAGCCACAGGAAUCACCAUACAGAGGGACUGGGUUGUUGUUGUUGCUGGUGACAAUAGAAGCACAUUAGCAGAUAUGAAUGCUACCAUACGAAGGAUUGACCAGUUGACCAACAUCUUGGCUCCAUUGGCCGUGGGACAAAUAAUGACUUUUGGAUCACCAGUGAUAGGGUGUGGAUUCAUUUCUGGCUGGAACUUGAUUUCCAUGUGUAUAGAAUAUAUGCUGCUCUUCAAAGUGUACAAGAAGACGCCUGCUUUGGCUCACAAGGCUGGUCCAAAGGGUGAAGAGUCAGAACUGAAGCAGCUCAAUGUACAAAAAGAUGGUGAACCGAAAGGUACUGAAGGAGUCCAGUUAAUUCACAAGAAAGAGAAUGCUGUUUCUGAGCCUGAACGGGAAAAUACUAGCUGUCUUUCUCGCAUGACCGAGCCCUUCAGUACAUUCCGUGACGGAUGGGUUUCCUACUAUAACCAGUCAGUGUUCCUUGCAGGUCUGGCCCUGGCAUUCCUUUACAUGACUGUCCUUGGCUUUGACUGUAUUACUACUGGCUAUGCAUACACUCAGGGACUGAGUGGCUCCACCUUAAGCUUAUUAAUGGGGGCCUCUGCCUUGACUGGAAUCCUGGGAACAGUAGCCUUCACUUGGCUACGUAACAAAUGUGGGUUAGUUCGCACAGGCAUCAUCUCUGGAAUAGCCCAGUUGUCUUCUCUUCUUUUGUGCGUGAUCUCAGUGUUCACACCAGGAAGUCCUUUGGAUCUCAGUGUUUCCCCAUUUGCUGACAUCAGUGCUAGGUUGUUUGAAAGCAGUCCAUUACCCACCCUGGCGCCUGAUGGUGAUAUCCUUGAAAUGGCUUUUACCACUGAAAUGCCUGCUUUGGUCAAUGCAACGUCUUCUGAUCCAGGACUAGCUCCCAGCCCAGUGCCUCUCAUCUCUGUUAGCCUUCUGUUUGCGGGAGUGAUUGCAGCAAGAGUUGGCCUGUGGUCUUUUGACCUGACAGUCACACAGUUGCUUCAGGAAAAUGUGAUAGAGUCCGAACGAGGUAUCAUAAAUGGUGUCCAGAACUCCAUGAAUUAUCUUCUGGAUUUGCUGCAUUUCAUCAUGGUUAUUCUGGCUCCUAACCCUGAAGCUUUUGGACUUUUGGUACUCAUUUCUGUUUCCUUCGUCGCAAUGGGUCAUAUCAUGUACUUCCGUUUUGCUCAUAAAAGCUUGGGGAGGCACGUCAUUCUUUGCUGUACUCCUGAGGUAAAGUCAGUUGCCAAUGAGCCCCCAAAUUCUGAUGAAUCCAAUGCAUAGAGAGGAUUUUGUCUCCUCCAGGUGUUUUUUCCAGUCCAAGUUGACUGACAUGCUUUAUUAUGGGUCAGAAGCAUUUGGCACCUUCUAAAAUGGUGUUCCUUUCCAACACCCAAGCCCACAACUUACCUUGUUUUCCUUUGCCCUUGGGCAGGUAACCAGGUAUGGAUUUUUACCAGGUGCAAGAGAUACACUUAUUUAUUUAAGAGGAUAUUUCCUCAAGAGUUAAAGUUUAAUUUUUUUUAAAAAAAAAGGCAGUUGACUAGAAGGACAUAAUGUUGAUUCUUUUCAAAUACACAAUUGCUAUUGAUUGGAUUGGGGCAGAGAUUAAAAAAAAUAAAAUAUGCUCUUAUAUUUAAUAUGAUUAGCAGGUGUUACUUUUCUUAUACAGCAUAGAUGUGUAGUUUUUUUUUCUUUUUUAAAGAAAUAGAUGUGAAGAAAACAUUAUACAAAUCAAUGACAGCAAAGUUUAUUGAUAAAGUUCUCAAAUGUGCCUUUAAACAAACAAACAAGACCUCUCUUCUAUGACAUUACUUCUAGUUCAGUUUUGGAGAAACAUCUGGGUUAUUUUAGUAUAUUAUCUAUAUAACAAAUAAUGCAAAAUAUUAGAGAAUAUGUAUGUAGCACUUCAUAGGAGGCAAGAUUAACCUAGCAUAAGCCGAAGCUAUUUAUAUAAUACAUUAUAGCAUUGUAAAUCAUAAGGGGGAAGUAUUUUUGGUUUUAUAAAUUUUCAAUAACAUAUUUACUAAGCCUUGGUUUCAUAGUAUUAAAGGCCAAAUAUAGGAAGUGUGAGAACUAGGAUGUGUGUAUGUGUGUGAAUGAAAGAGAGUGCAAGAGAAAAGAAAGAUGCAAUCUUUUUUUUUCAAAAUUAUUUAAAUUAUUUAAAACACCUAAGCUGCAAACUGCAACCAUUUAUUUUACAAUAGCCCCCCUAAUAUCUUGAAGAAAUCAAGAAUAUGCCACGAGCAAUUUCUUUAUAUAAAACCCAUUUCAAAUGAAUAGGAAUUGACAAAAAAGCAAUUUGCUUCCUAGAUGAACAAUAUGAGACAUUAUGUAUGAAUUCUUUGUGUAUUCCUAUCUUAUGUAUGUCAGUAAUUUGGAGAAGAAAUAAGCUGUAGCAUGAGUGUAACUUGUGAACACAUGAUUAAUAGUUUAAUCACAAUUAAAGUAAAAGCAUGUCCCUGAUUAUAGAUCUAUAUCUGAAAAAGCAACUUGCAUCCAGAAGGAUGCAUAGAAGUAUUUGUAUUAUCAAACAGCUUCUUGGCAGCACUGCUGUUGGCAGCUCCAAAAGUAUGUUGGGGCAAAAGUUUGGUGAAGACUGACAGUGGUGCAUAUCUUCUAUUCAGUGGCAGGAUUAGUGUAGUUCCGCUGUGCUAAUCAGCCAGCAUGGUUUGCACUCAGAAGAAGGAUCAGCAUGCAGAGAGUCCUGUUUCACUUACACUGGUGAAUUGGGGCACAUCUGUAUAGUUUUAAUGUUUUGCAGAGCUGAUACCCUUAUGUACUCUGUUUUUUUAAAAAGUACCUUUUGUACCCUAGCUUACUAAAAAUGCUAUUUUAAAUAAGUUGCAAUUUGUUUGGGAUUUGUGUGCGUGUGCGUGUGUGUUUAUAUUUUUUUUUUAAAAAAAAAAACUUGUUAAUGUAAAAACAAAUUGAUUAUCAGUGACCGACAAUGCCAUCUAUGUACGAAUUGCUUUUGGAGACAUUUUAUGGUAUGCAGAAAUGAGUACAAUGCUUUUUACAGUAAGUUUCAUGCACUUUUGUGGAAAUUGCAGUAAUAAUGCUACAAGCACUUUGCUUUCAAAUAGAGUUGAAUCCUCUUACUCUACUCUGGAGUUUUGCUAAAUGUAAUUUUCAACUUCUGUUGUUAAAUAUUUGUAAAAUAUUUGUAUGCAUAAAUAUAAACUAUUUUUCACAUU